UUGUAUAUUAAAAAAUUCUUUUAAUGAAGAUAUUGGAAAUACAUAUAAAAAUUGGCCAGUUAUUCUUUCGUUUACGUACAAGUUAAAAAACACACUUUAUUAAUGGUUUUCUCGAAGUUAAAGAAAUGCGAUCUUAUAAAUUUACUACAUAGAUUUUUUCCGAUAUUGGUUUGGCUUCCUCAAUAUAACCUGUUUAAAUUGCGCGGAGAUGUAAUCGCCGGGUUAACAUGUGGAUUUGUUGUCAUUCCUCAAAGCAUUGCGUUUGCAAAUCUUGGAAAACUUCCAGCACAAAAUGGAUUAUACGCAUCUUUGACGCCUGGUUUAAUUUAUGCAGUUUUUGGCACAUCAAAAGAUGUCAGUGUAGGUACAGCAGUGACUCUAGGGUUAUACACAUCAAGUUUUAAUUCAAGUCACAGCACUAUAGGAGCGUCUCUCUUAAGCUUAUUAACUGGUUUUCUUUUGGUACUGAUGGGCAUAUUUAAACUAGGUUAUAUGAUCAAAUAUGUACCUCAACUUGUCAUUAGUGCGUUUGUGUCAGCGACAGCCAUUACUAUUAUGGUAACACAACUUUCGAAUUUAUUUGGUAUUAAAAAAACUCCUCAAAACGUGUUUGAAAUUCUAAAAUUCAUCGUUGUGAAUAUUAAAUCUACAAAUAAAUGGGACAUAAUCAUGGGCGGUUUUUGUUUAGUGUUUUUAUUGCUUUUUGUCUGUCUGUCUAGCAGAAAGUUUAACAAUGAAAAGCAAAGCAAAGUUAGUAUAUUUAUAUCAAAGUUAAUCUGGAUUUUAAGUGCAUCAAGAAUGGUUCUAGUGUGUUUCUUAGCAACAAUUGUUGUCUACAUAUUUGACAUAAAAGGCUUCAAAGAAAAAUUCACUACAGCUGGAAUAAUUCCAAAAGGUUUGCCUAAAUACCAGAGUCCAUUUCAACCAUACAAAAAUGGAAAUGUAACGGUUAAAACAACUGGUCAACUAAUAGAAGGCUUUGGUGCUUCUCUUAUUAUACUACCCAUAAUCAUGUUUAUUGAACAAAUGUCUAUAACAAAAGCAUUUGCUAAAAAGUUUAAUUAUAAAGUAAAAGCGCAGCAAGAAUUAAUUGCAAUUGGAAUGUGCAACAUAAUUGCUUCUUUUUAUGGAGGUUGGAUUGUGGGCGGAAGCUUUUCACGUUCUGCCGUAAACUCCAUGAGUGGCGCCCAAACUCCUUUAGCUGGUGCAAUUUCAGGACUGAUUGCGUUGAUAGCUCUUGAGUUCAUGACUCCAGCCUUAUAUUAUAUUCCUUCAGCAGCUUUAGGAGCUAUGAUGGUGAUGGCAGUUGUCACAAUGAUUGAAAUGAGUGUACCAAAACAUAUUUGGAAUUUGCACAAAUGGGAUUUGCUGCCGGUUUUUGCUGCUUUUUGCACAAGUUUUUAUAAACUAGAGUAUGGGGUCAUUGUAGGAACUGGCAUCGCAAUACUAAUACUUCUUUCCCGCGAGGCGCGUCUAAAGUAUUUACUUGAAAAAAAUGAAGAGGAGAAAUCUAUCAAACUUGUAUUAUUAGAAAACUUAACCUAUCCUGGUGUAGAAGCAGUAAACAAAACAAUUUAUUCUGAAGUCAAUAGUUGUACUUGGAUUGAAACCUUGUUUUUAGAUAUGUCUGUUAUGGUCCGUGUUGACUUUACAAUACUUAAAAACUUUGAAUAUUUAAAAGAUGAGUUUUUGAAAAGAAACAUCGCUCUUUGUUUCAUAAACUUUUCUCGCAUUUCUGUAAAAAAAAAAUUUUUUAAAGCUGGUCUAAUUAAUAAAGAAGAAGAUUUGACAUUAAUAAAAGAUUCUUUAGCAAAUACAGUAAUAUUGAUUGCAAAUGACGAACCGCUUAUUGAAAAUACAAAAUAUUUAAAAGUUGGAUUAACCGAAGAAGAUGAUUUAGAGUUGAAUACUAAUACUUUGAAUACAGGGAGUAACACCUUCGAAGAAUAUACUUCAAACAAUUCUAAUAUUGACAGUUACUUAUUAAACAAACAUGUAUAAACACUAAUAACAAGUUGAUAUGAAAUGCAGCAUAUAUCAGCAUA